UAUUUGUAUCUGUAUAAAUCCAAUAACUCUUCACGCAGAUGUAACGAAUUUGACAUUGCCAGCAACAGAAUCCGAGCACGGCCGGCAGCGUGGAAGCAUGUGGCGCAUUCUCGGAUACGCCUUGGUCGCGGUAUAUUUCGAAGUUUCCGAAACGAGUCUCAGUUUACGCUCGUCUCACCACUUUGCUUCAGCCGGGGAGUCUCCGGUGGAGUUCACCUGCACCUCGAGUGCAGUGAUAGAAUCUGGAGGGGUCCGGCUGCUCUGGUUCAAAAAGAACGCGAGUGAUGUAUUGGAAAGACUGGACACGAAAUGCAACGCGUCCCCGUGCAAAUACACCGAUGAAUCGAACCGCUCGGACACCUUCAAGCUGAAGAUUACAAAGACAGAGCGAGAAGAUUCUGGUACAUAUUACUGCGCGCACCCACCCGUUAUCGACCUGGAGUUUUCCAAUGGGGCCGCAUUGAACGUUGUAGCAGACAGUUCAACAGAGACCACUUCUGUGUCUAUCCUGGCCCCCGCUGACUCCGCCAGCGCGCUCGAUUCUGAGGGGUCACUGACAUUAGUCUGCCUGGUCCGGGGCCUCUCCUCGCCCGCGGUCCGAUUUCAGUGGUUUCUCUCCGGUAACGUCACGACUGCAACAGCGCCGGGCACCUGGAUCAAGGAGGGCGGAGACGGAGAGAGCUACAGCGCCACGAGCAGGCUGACAAUCCCGGCGGAGACGUGGCGGAGCGGGGCGGUGUGCGCCUGCGGAGCGCAACUGAACUCGAGCACAGUCAUCCGCAGCAGGGAGAUCUCAUACACGGCGGGAGGUGGGGAGGUUUUAUUAAAGUUAUUGAUAAAGACCGUUGCAUAUGUAAUCAAUGAACUGCAGCUAUACACAUUAGAUUCUAAAAUGUGCCCCGAGAGCGAUAGGGAUAAGAACAUGAAGAAUGAAGCAUGCUGCAUGAUUUUCUGAGUAGGAGAACGAGAAUUAAGCGUCUACGAAAGUUAACAUUGAACCCUUUACAAAGGGAUGAAGAUAUAUAACGUUUCUAUAUAUUGUACUCCUUUUUUUUUAUCAGAUGCAGAUUGCUUUCCUUAUCCGGUCUGGCGAUAUGUCUUCUUCCCCGGAGUUCUCGUUGCGAUGUGGAUACACUAUGCUGUAGUUCACUGGAAAGAUAAGAAGCAAAGGCGGUUGCAAUGAAAUAUUAACCUCAUGACUUUGCUUCACAUACAGUUUCACAUAUUCCACACUUUUUAAAUUCCCCGCUAAUAUAGCUUGAAAACACAACGACGGGUGUUAAUACUGACCAUGCAUGUAAACUGUAUGUUCACGCAUGGAUGAGGAUCAAAAGGUUUGGA